UCAAAUUUUUUAUAUAGUCUAUAAGGCAUUACAGCACACAGAGUUUGUGUCAAAAGCCAUUCAAAACACACAACAGACACUCGGAUCGAUCGAUCGCCUCAAUACUAUAGGCAUAUUUAAAACACAGUUAUAUAUUUUAUAUCCAAAAUUGUGAGUGAGAGAAUGGAGAAGUUCACGAGUGUUGUGGCCGUUUUUGGGGUUGUUGUUGUGCUGCUAUUGCAAUGCGCAGCAGCACAAACAGUGCAUGUGGUAGGAGAUAGCAUCGGUUGGAGGGUUCCUACAGGAGGUGCUUCCGCAUACGAAACUUGGGCGGCCAGUAAGCAAUUCGUGGUUGGCGAUAUCCUAUUAUUCAACUUUGCCACAAAUGAGCAUGAUGUUCUUCAAGUACCGAAAGAAUCCUAUGACAGUUGCAGCUCGUCUAAUCCCAUUGGUGACACCAUCACCACUGGCCCUGUCAACAUAACUCUGUCCACUGCUGGCACCCACUACUACAUCUGCACUAUUGGCCGGCAUUGCCAAUCGGGUCAGAAGUUAGCCGUUACCGUCUCCGGUUCUCCAAGUGCUGUCCCGCCUACAACGAGUACUCCACCUGCCACCCCGACUCCUUCUACAACACCAUCUCCCACAUCAGGGACCCCUGCUGAUUGCGCUCCAACUCCUGCAUCAUCCCCGACAUCAUCCCCACCCAUGGGUCCGACCACUCCGGAGACAAUGCCGCCGCCUGAUUCUUCAUCAUCAUCUAGUGUCUUUGCUAGUUUAUUCAUCUCUUUGUUGUCCAUUGCCAUGGUUUUCCUUUUCUGAGAAAAAAGUGUUGAAUUUAUAGUCGAUGAUACAUUGAUAUGUAGUUAGAAUUUUGUUUGCAGCUUAUUUCUUUAUGUCAUGAUUUAUUCAACCGGUGAUUGAAUUUUGUAAUAGAACUACAUAUAUAAUGUAUUAUUUGAGCAGCAUAUGAUCAAUAAAGGAAUUCUUCAA